AUGACCAGACCCUUUAACACCCAAUUCAACUCUGCGUUGAAGCAGUCGACGUCAAUCAAGCGCGACCUAGCUAACCUCUCCUCCUCCCCCGAUGGCGCACCCACACCCGCCGCCCUCGGCGCGCUAUCCGCCUCGCUGACCGCCUUCUCACGCACUCUGGACGAGUACUCGGCGCUGGCAAAACAAGAGCUCAACCCCGCCAAGCAAGAGAAGGCCCACGAACGACUGCGCAACUUCCGCAGCGAACUCACUCAAUUCCGCGAGGAGAUGGACGCCCUGAAGCUCCAGCGCGAAAGCGCCGUCCAUGACGCAAGCCGCUCCGAACUCCUCGGCCGCCGGCCCUUCACCACCUCGACGCCCGAGAACCCGUAUGCGUCCACAUCCAACGGCGGCGCAUCCUCCUCGCCCACCACAGUCCCCACGAACCGGUAUGGCAGCGGCGUCGUCGCGGGCGGUGGCCAGAUGAGUAUGGGCAGCGGUGAUUACACGCGCGAAGCCCACGCCAUGCGCGAGCAGAACUUCUUCGCCAGCACCAACACCGCGCUCGACGAGUACAUUGCCCGCGGCCAGGCCGUGCUGGGCGACCUCGGGGCCCAGCGGGACAUGCUGAAGAACACGCAGCGCCGGCUGUACAGCGUUGCGAAUACGCUUGGCGUCAGCGGGGACACGAUCCGCAUGAUCGAGAGACGGGCGAAGCAGGAUAAGUGGAUAUUCUGGGGUGGUGUGGUGGUGUUUUUCGGGUUCUGCUGGUUGGUCUUGCACUUCCUGAGGUGA